AUGCUUUCUUUGUUCUAUCAGAGCGAUGAUCCUCAAAGGUCGGCUUUUAUUGUCGAAUAUUUUUUACGGGUACUUCUAUUAUGCAUCGACUCUGUUCUCACUCUAGUAGUAUACCGUGUUUUCGUUUACCCUCGCUGGAUAUCUCCUUUACGCGCAUUUCCUGGGCCAUCUCUCGGCGGGAUUAUCAAAGGCCAAUUUCCGGCUAUCAUGAAUGGCGAAGCUGGCAUCUCACAAUGCCAGUGGAUCGCAGAAUACGGUUCGAUCGUGCGCGUCGUGGGUCCCAUAGGCAUUGAGAGACUGAUCGUAGCAAGUCCAGAGGCCCUACACCGAAUUCUCGUGACAAAUUGGGCCGAUUAUCCGAGGCCCAACUUCAUGCAGUAUACCCUAGGUGUUGUCGCGGGACAUGGCUUGCUGAGCACGUCUGGCGACAAUCACAGGCGUAUGAAGAAAUUGCUGCAACCAGCAUUUUCGGCUCACAACGUAUUGAAAUAUGACGAGAUGUUUUAUGGCUCAAUCGAUCGCCUUGUUGCACUUCUUACUAACGAAGUCAAUUUGGAGCGGCAGGGGAAGGAGAUACUGAUGUUGAGCUACUUGAAUAGAGUUGCUAUGGAUAUAAUUUGCAAAACAGCAUUCGGAUACGAAUGCGGAGCCCUAUCCGAACCCCCAAACACAUCAAAGUUAAUGGAGGCUUACGAGAGGAUCAGUAAAGAACAAAAUGGACGGAAUGCGACAGCAUUGAAUGCAUUCAUGGUGAUACCGGGCGCGGGUCCUCUAUCUAUAUCCGACUGGCCUUACCGCUGUUGUCGUUUCCUCAAGAGGAUACGUGUUUUCGAACCUGUGGUGGCGCUGUUCGAGUCAAUGAAUCUUAUCAAAUCAAUUAUAUCGACGUUCCUGGAUGACAAAAUCGCUGAAGCGACGGAUCAGGAAACGCAUGCCCAGGAAGGGACUCCCUUGGAUAUGAUGACUAUUCUGCUCAAAGCGAGGAAUGUGGAAGGGAAGAAGAAUGCAUGCCCAGUCGUAGUUGAUAAGAAGGAUAUGCUGCAUCAUGUUUUGACCUUUAUCGCAGCUGGCCACGAUACGAGCGCAAAUGGCUUAGCUUGGGCUCUUUAUCUUCUGGCUAAAAAUCCUGACGUUCAAGAACAGCUCCGUGCAGAAGUUUCCCCCUUCUGCUCUCCUGACUGUGGUCGACCCGACAUACGCAAAAUCAAGCAGCUUCAAUAUCUGGAUUGUGUUAUUAAUGAAUCUCUACGUCUGUUCCCCCCGAUACCGAUGACCUUCCGGAAGUCGACGAAAGAUGAUCACCUUGAUGGGAAGUUUGUACCCAAGGGAACGUUGAUCUACGUCCCAAUUCGUGCCGUCGGCUGGCUGAAGAGCGUCUGGGGUGAUGAUGUCGCUGAAUUUCGGCCGUCCCGCUGGCUAGAUUUACCACCGGGAUAUCACCCUAUAUAUUCCGCUUUCCUGCUGGGUCCUCAGUCUUGCAUCGGGAAAUUCAUGGCUAUACUAGAAAUGAAGGCGAUUUUGGCAUCCCUUAUAGGGAAUUUUGAGUUUGCUCUAGCUUAUGAGGGACAGGUUGCGCAACCUACGGCAGCUGCUACUAUGAUUUCUUCUAGAACCAAAGGAUGGCAUGCCGCUUCGCGUACGGCGCUUGAGCUCGCGUUGACGUGA